AUGAGUAGUGGCGGGAUGCCAUAUUGGAACGUCAAUGUUCCAGAGGACCAAAGGUCUGUGGAAUGUCCCGAAUUUCUCAUUUCCUUAUCGGACAAAGACCGCACCAUCAUAAACACCCCAGACGCCGAUUACCGAGCAGAUUCUUGGGAGCAGGUCAAGAAGAAAGUUUCCACCAAUAGGCUUGACCUCUUUCGCCGAAAGCCAUCUGAUCUGCGCCGGUAUCUUGAGUACACAUGGAGGUUGAGGCGGGAUCAUGGGAGCGUUAUGCACUUCAUAUUGACACAGAGGCUCCAUUGGGAAAUUCCCAUCAAACCCACGAGUGUGAUCCCUUUCGAAAACCCUACCGACUACAAAAUACUCCGCAAUGACUGGCCUUAUGGUAUCGACGAAAGGAUUGUACACCUCGUAGUGUGGACUCGCUUCGAACUCACAGAAGAUCCUGCAACUGGAGAUUUGACGGACGAAUCCAGGAAGGAGAUUGAUCAGUUUGUGAACAACACCUUCUCCCAACAUGUGCCUCCGGACCAGUAUAUCUGGUUCAAGAAUUGGAGGUCUCUCAAAUCAGUUCAAGCUGUUGAACACUUUCAUGUGAUGCUCUUUGAACCCGACCCUAGCUUCAUAAGCCACAUUACCAACGGAGAUAUUCCUCUUUGUGAGAAAGUCCAAUCGCAAUCUUGCAGGAUAUUCGGCCAAGAUAGCAGUUAG